GGCGCGCAGUUGGGAGCCAGCCGUUGUCGGAGCGGCGCGAGCGUUUGAGGAGGAAGGAGGCGGCUUCGGUUUUUUCCCGCCAUGUCGGACUGGGAGGAGAGCGGCGGCGACGGCGGGGAGCCCCGGGGCCGAGGGACCCCUCGGAGGCCCUCCCUGGCCGAGUGGCGGCCCAGGAGCAGCACGGCUGGCGAAGAGGGCGGCCGGGGGAGGAAGCGGGGCUCCUCCCGUCCCUCGGAGGCACGGGGCUCUUGGAGAGCAGGAGGAGGAGGAGGAGGAGGCGGCUGGGAGGACGCGGGGUCUUUGCCGCUGUGCUUCUCCCUAGACAACGCCCUCGUCGGCACCCUCAUAGGUCGAGGUGGAUCUCAAAUUAAAGAACUUGAGGAAUCAUCAGGAUGUAAAAUACAGGUUGUACGGGGGAAUUAUGAAGCUCAAAUAAAGGUAUUUGGUGGUAAUGAUAAGAAAAGGAAAGCCAAAAUGCUGAUUGAUGACCUUAUUGAGAGAUCUAGACAAAGCUGUGUAGGAGAGAGGUGUAUUAAAGCAGAUGCUUACAAACAAGAGGAAGGAAGCUCUUACCACAAUGAAAGGUGUUCUGGAGCUUUGAAGUCUGGAUGCACUAAUCUUAAACAGUCCAUUAACUGGGCCUCCCUUCGAGCAAAUAAAGAUAAAUAUGAAGCAAUGAAGUGGGCUGAUCUACCUCCAAUUGAAAAAUGUUUUUAUAAAGAAUCACCAAAAAUUGCUUCUAUGUCACAAGAAGAAGCUGAUAGGCUGAGAAAAGAAAACAAUAACAUCACAUGUGAUGACCUGAAAGAGGGUGAAAAGCGUCACAUUCCCAAUCCCAUCUGUAGAUUUGAAGAUGCUUUUAAGCAUUAUCCUGAUGUCAUGGCAAAUAUAAGGAAAGUGGGUUUUCAGAGGCCUACCCCAAUUCAGGCACAAGCUUGGCCAAUAAUACUCCAAGGAUUUGAUUUGAUUGGAAUAGCACAGACAGGUACUGGAAAGACAUUGGCUUAUCUGAUGCCUGGAUUCAUUCAUUUGGAUUUACAGCCAAUACCUAGAAAAAAGCGUGGUGGACCUGGUAUGUUGGUUCUCACUCCUACUCGAGAAUUGGCUCUUCAAGUUGAAGCAGAGUGCUUAAAAUAUUCUUAUAAAGGAAUUAAAAGCAUUUGCAUAUAUGGUGGUGGAGAUCGGAAAGGGCAGAUCAACAUUGUUACCAAAGGUGUGGAUAUUGUUAUUGCUACUCCUGGUAGAUUGAAUGACCUUCAGAUGAACAACUUCAUAAAUCUGAGAAGCAUAACUUAUUUGGUCUUAGAUGAAGCUGACAGAAUGCUGGAUAUGGGAUUUGAACCUCAAAUAAUGAAGAUUUUAUUGGACAUACGUCCUGACAGGCAAACAGUGAUGACCAGCGCUACUUGGCCAGAUGGUGUCCGACGUCUUUCAAAAUCGUAUUUGAAAGAUCCUAUGAUUGUUUAUGUUGGUACUCUUGAUUUAGCGGCAGUAAAUACAGUUGAGCAGAAGGUGGUGGUUAUUCCAGAAGAAGAAAAAAGAGCUUUCACACGUUACUUCAUUGACAGUAUGAAGUCUGAAGACAAAGUCAUCAUUUUUGUGGGCAAGAAACUUACUGCUGAUGACCUAUCAAGUGAUUUCAGUCUUCAAGGAAUUCCAGUUCAAUCCUUACAUGGCAAUAGAGAACAGUGUGAUCGUGAACAGGCCUUGGAGGACUUCAAAAAAGGUACAGUUCGUAUCUUGAUAGCAACUGAUCUAGCCUCCCGUGGGCUUGAUGUACAAGAUAUCACUCAUGUUUUUAAUUUUGACUUCCCUCGCAAUAUUGAAGAGUACGUUCACAGAGUAGGUCGUACUGGUCGAGCAGGACGCACAGGAGAAGCUAUAACACUUGUGACAAGGAGUGACUGGCGAAUUGCAUCUGAAUUGAUUGAGAUUCUAGAAAGAGGAAACCAGGUGAUUCCAGAAGAACUAAUUUUGAUGGCUGAAAGAUACAAGCAAUUUCAACUGAAAAAAGAAAUGCAAAGGGAUUUGGUAAAGCCUUGUGGAAGAUCACGGAAAGGUUUUUAAUCCACAUAAGUGAUAAUUUGAACACAAUGAGUUUCUGUGAAAAUGUUCAUAAUAAUUUAAGUAGAAAAUAUAGGAGCCAUGAAGUGAUAAAAUGUUGGGAGACAGGAUAUUUUCUUAAGGUACCUGAUAAAAUAACCAAACUAAAACUAGCUAACUGGUUGGGUACUGGCUAGUGACUGGAUGGGAGAUUACCUGAGAAUCUUGUAUAUACUACCUUAAGUGCCAAAUGUAGUAAAUCCAGUUUAAGAAUAACACUUAAUGCCAUAUAUCAUGGUACCAGUUGAUAUUAAUUGAUUACAUCAUCCCCACUUUCAGAUAAAAACUUGCACUAAAAGCAGUAACUGUCAUGUCAGAAUGUUUUGUAUGCUUUUGUAUGCCAACAUCUUGAUCAGUGCAUUUAGAAAUAAUGGAAAUUAUGCUGGAAAGUUUUUUUUCCCUCAGAACUCUUUGCUUCAAGUCAAUUGCAGUACUGUAGCAAAUAUAUUUUGAUUAUUUUGUUAGAUUUCAGGUUUUGAUGCAUUUUGUUGACAGCAAAGAACUCCAUACUUUUGUUACUAGUACUGCAUGUUAAUUCUUGUUUCCUAGUUUAAAAUUCUGUUAGAUGGUAGAACUGUAUUUCAUACAAUAAUGUUACCAAAAGUUCUGUGAUGUUCAAGAGAAAUAACUGUGGCAAACAGAUCCUUUCCUUCCCUAACUUUAAUUAAAAAUGAGACCUUUUCUUUCUGA